CAGCACUAGUCCCACCUGCCAGCGCUUGGUCCAUAUCCUGUCCUUUCCAUGUACCUGUCCAACUGUUUCUUAAACGAUGGGAUAGUCCCAGCCUCAACUACCUCCUCUGGCAGCUUGUUCCAUACACCCACCACCCUCUGUGUGGAAAAGCUACCCCUCGGGUUCCUAUUAAAUCUUUUCCCCUUCGCCUUGAACCCAUGUCCUCUGGCCCUCGAUUCCCCUACUCUGGGCAAAAGACUCUGUAUGUGCUGUAUCUACCGGAUCUAUUCCUCUCUCGUGAUGUUGUGUAUUCAUAAACUAAGCAGCAUUUGCAGCAAAGACCUUAUCGCAGAGCCUCCGCUGUGGGAGCUUUGAUUUGCAGUUCCUUCCUGAAACUUCAGUGGGAAGGGGAGGGGAGGAGAGGGCACAGGCGAGACGGAGCCAGCAAAUCAGGCUCAAUCCUUGCAAAGGUCUCGCUGGCUGUGACGCUCGGUAAAACCAACUCCAGGAGGUGUGAUCGGGAAAAGUCUGCAGAGAAGCCAAAACGAUACAAAAAUUUGGAAGCGAGCGGCGCACCGUGGGGACAACUUGCCCACAGCUAAGGGGGACAAAGAAAAUCAUCGGAGAUGUUUUUGAAUUGAAAUCCAAUGGGUCUUCAAGCCGGUGGAUUCUAUCGUCUGGACCUGCCGUGAGCGAGAGGGAGUCGAGAUAGUUUCAAGUCAAGGUUCCCCUCCCGUCCCGCCGGCUCCAGGGAGACAGACCACUGGAUCUACACCCCCUCUCAGGUGGCGAUGGCGGAGAAUGAGGGUAAAGAUUGUGGGAGACUGCGCCACAGUGGGCUGGAGAGCGUGAAUGAAGAUGGCUUCCCCCUGUCCUCUCUGGCGAACCUGUUUGAGAAUGACGAGGCCAGCGCUGCUGGGGAGGCCCAGCGGCCCUCGGGCCGGGACAACGGCGAGAACAACAAGCCGAACCUGAGGUCCAAGUUCCAAGGCGCGUUCAAGAACAGGAUGCCCAACCCCAUUGACCUGCUGGAGUCUUCCAUCUACGACUCCUCCAUGCCCAGCAUGGCUCCCGCCCCUAAAAAGGCCCCCAUGGAUUCGCUGUUUGACUAUGGAUCUUACCGGCACGGCAGCGAUGACAAGAGGAAGAAGAAGAAACCAGCUAAAGAUAAGAACAGUCCGAAGGUGAAGGCCCCCGCUCCAGAGCCGCCGCCAGUGCUGAAGGUGUUUAACCGGGCGCUUCUGUUCGACAUCGUGUCUCAGGGGUCAGUGGCCGGGCUCGACGGGCUGCUCGUCUUCCUCCUGAGUCAGAAGAAGCGUCUGGUAGACGAGGAAUUUCGAGAACCAUCAACAGGGAAGACUUGCUUACCCAAGGCGCUGUUGAACCUAACCCACGGGAGGAACAACACCAUACCGCUGUUGCUGGAAAUAGCAGAAAAGACAGGGAACCUCCCCGAGUUCAUCAAUGUACCGUUCCGGGAUGUGUACUACAGAGGCCAGACCGCACUGCACAUUGCCAUCGAGCGGCGCUGCAAGCAUUACGUGGAGCUGCUGGUUGAAAAGGGAGGGGAUGUCCAUGCGCAGGCUCGUGGGAAGUUCUUCCAGCCCAAGGAUGAGGGCGGAUAUUUCUACUUUGGCGAGUUACCUCUGUCUCUGGCUGCUUGCACCAACCAGCCCGACAUCGUCAACUACCUCACUGAAAACCCAGACAAGGUCGCGGAUUUGCGGAGGCAGGACUCCCGCGGAAAUACCGUGCUCCACGCACUGGUCGCCAUUGCCGACAACACCAGGGAGAACACCAAGUUCCUGACGAAAAUGUACGACCUGUUCCUCAUCAAAUGUGCCAAGACCUACCCGGAGAGCAACUUGGAGGCGAUUUUAAACAACGAUGGCUUAUCGCCCCUCAAGAUGGCAGCAAAGCUCGGAAAGAUCGGGGUUUUCCAGCACAUCAUCCGGAGGGAGAUAACGGAUGAGAGUGCCCGGCACCUCUCCCGCAAAUUCCGAGACUGGGUGUACGGGCCAGUGUACUCUUCGCUGUACGAUCUCUCAGCGAUAGACACGUGCGGUGAAGAGGUCUCGCUCCUGGAGAUCCUGGUCUACAACGGGAAGAUGGAGAAUCGUUACGAAAUGUUGGCAGUGGAACCAAUCAACGAACUAUUCCGUGAUAAAUGGAAGAAGUUUGCAGCUGUAUCCUUCUACCUCAGUGUUAUAUCCUACAUCACAGCCAUGAUCAUAUUCACCCUCAUUGCAUACUACAGACCAUCAGAAGGCCAACCUCCUUAUCCAUACGAGACCUCCGUAGACUACCUGCGAAUGGCGGGCGAGCUCAUCACUGUCAUCACGGCCAUCUUCUUUUUCUUCACGAACGUCAAGGAUCUAUUCCUGAAGAAAUGCCCAGGAAUGAAUUCCAUGUUCAUCGAUGGAUCAUUCCAGUUACUUUAUUUUAUUUAUUCCAUCCUGGUGUUGGUGUCGGCAGGACUGUACGUGGCUGGUGAGGAGUCCUAUCUUGCUGUAAUGGUGUUUGCUCUGGUCUUAGGCUGGAUAAACACACUCUACUUCACCAGGGGUCUGAAGCUUACCGGGACCUACAGCAUUAUGAUACAGAAGAUUCUGGUCAAAGAUCUUUUCCGGUUUCUUCUCGUCUAUGUGCUGUUCAUGAUUGGUUUCACAUCGGCCCUGGUCUCCCUGUUGAUGACUUGUCCCAGCGAUGACGUCACCCUUCAGACUUGUGACAUAACGUCAGAUUCACCAAACUGCACCAGUUCGACCUACCCCAUCUGUCGGGACAACCUAUCGUUCAGCAAGUUCCUGCUGGAGCUGUUCCGACUCACCAUUGGCAUGGGCGACCUGGACGUCAUCAACAGUGCCAAGUUUCCCAUUGUCUUUGUCAUCCUCCUCGUCUCCUACAUCAUCCUGACGUUCGUUCUGCUGCUCAACAUGUUGAUUGCCUUGAUGGGUGAAACUGUGGGUCAGGUCUCGAAGAAGAGCAAGCAAAUCUGGAGGCUUCAGUGGGCCACAACAAUCCUGGACAUUGAGAGAUCAUUCCCAGUGUUCCUGAGGAAAGCAUUCCGUUCGGGAGAGAUGGUCACUGUCGGGAUCAAUUCUGACGGCACUCCGGACCGCAGAUGGUGCUUCAGGGUGGAUGAGGUUAAUUGGUCUCACUGGAACCAAAACGUUGGCAUCAUUAACGAAGACCCAGGCAGGAAUGACACCUACCAGUUCGAAAGCGGCAUUCCACAAACCAUGGGCCGGCUACGUCGAGACCGCUGGUCAACUGUGGUCCCUCGAGUUGUGGAGCUGAAUAAAAGUUCCCGACCUGACGAUUACGUGGUGGGGAUGGAGCAUCUGUCGAUGGAGAGGAAGUAUGGAUACAGCAGUUUACACCAGAACAAACGGGGGCCAAAGGGCGACACACACAUUUAAAGCAACGGCCGGAGCCUGUACUCCAUGUUCUGACGGAUGCUGGAAGUGAACUCAUUCACCAAGCCAGAAUCAAAUUCAAACUUAGUAGGAAGGGGCCCUUGCGUUUACUAUUGAUUGCCACAAAAUGCACUCUGUCCUUUUUUUGUGAUCGGUACACAUUUUGUGACUGUCCAGAGUAUCUUGGAAGUAUUCACUGUCUACUCCAGGCUGUUGUGCAGCCAUUCCCCAUUCUGCUGAAACAUCGCUGGGCCAGAGUCUCGAUGAAAUAUGAAUGCUUCCACCUCUCUGGGUUCUCGAUGGGGUGUAAUUGGGCCACAGGUAUUGUAAUUAUAACACCAGAAACGAAAGUAAGACCCUCAUGUAGGUUUCAAUAAGUUGAUGGCUGAUUAGUCAGAUGAAGGGUCUCGACCCGAAGAGUCACCUAUUUCCUUCGACCCAUAGAUGCUGCCUCACCCGCUGAGUUUCUCCAGCGUUUUUGUCUAGCGCUGAUUAGCGGCACUUUUCUUGAUUCCCUCUAUAUCUAAAACACGCCUUUCAAAAUAAUCCCAGUAGCUGCACUUUGGAUGAAGAACCUUCUCCUUGUCUUUGUCUUAUACGAGUUGGAAAUCGUAUAAGGCCCCCCUAGUUUCAUCACUUGUGCCAAAGUUUAUUGCAAACUGGAGCCAUUUUGGUCACAGACAUUUUGGCCAUUUUUCCAGAAUAAUUGGAUAAAAUUGCUAAACAUAAUGCGGAGUGCAGUUUUAAAUUGGUCUUCUAGUGGGACACUUUUGCCUGUGAUUUUGAUUCUUACAAUGCAUUCCACCGAUCACUUAAAAAUAUGUGCUAUAAUUUAUUAUAUCUGAGUGAAAAGGGAAUCUCGGUUCAGAACAAGUUCAUUUUUUUUUCUGCGCGAAAACCCGGUAUUUAAAUAAGUGUUGAUUCUUUUUAUUUUUCCUCAAUAGUUUAGUUCAAAGGACUUUACUGGCACUUGUAGGGUGCAUUCGUGUUAUUGAGUGAAUGGUGUUGUGUGUUAGGGACGCUUGCUGUCAGCAGCAAAUACUGUGUCUGAAGAAGGGACUCGACCCGAAACGUCAUCCAUUCCUUCUCUGCAGAGAUGCUGCCUGUCCCGUUGAGUUACUCCAGCACUUUGUGUUUAUCUUCUGGUUUAAAGCAGCAUCUGCAGUUACUACCUACGCAAAUACUUGGGGUCUUAGGGUUAAAGGAAUCAAGGGAUAUGGGGAAAAAAGCAGGAACGGGGUACUGAAGUAGGGUUUCGGCCCGAAACAUUGCCUAUUUCCUUCGCUCCAUACAUGCUGCUGCACUCGCUGAGUUUCUCCAGCACUUUUGUCUACCUACUGAUUUUAGAUGAUCAGCCAUGAUAUUGAAUGGCGGUGCUGACUCGAAGGGCCGAAUGGCCUGCUCCUGCACCUAUUUUCUAUAUAAAUUCUUAAGGAUUUGACCAUGUCUCAGACCUUUCACACUCCAGGGCAAUUUGAGGUAUCGGUUUGAAUGUCUCAUCAGAUCAAAAGAUAUAAGUGCAGAAUUAGAUCAUUCAGCCCAGCAAGUCUACUCUGUCAUUCAAUCAUGGUUGAUCUAUCUUUCCCUCUCAACCCCAUUCUCCUGCAGGAUGCCAAGUUAAAUUGAUCUCAUCUGCCUGUACAUGAUUCAUAUCACCACCUCUAGCAGUGUGUGCCUGGCUCACACCACUGCCCCGCACAUCUGCAUUAAAUGGUCUCCUUCUCAUCUUAUAGCUAAGCCCCCUAGUGUUGGAUAUAUCCACCCUAGGAAAAAGGUUCUACCUGAUCUAUGCCUCUCAUAAUUGUAUAUACCGUUAUAAAGUAUCCCCUUACGCUUGUGAGUCCUUAGCUUCAGAUUAAAUUUGUGUGAGGUUUUGAUUAGGCACUUGGUUUGACCUCUAACUUUAAGGAUUUUAAUCCAAUUUCAUUGUACUAUCAGCCUGUGAACUGCAUUAUUGUUAAUGAAUAUUAUAUUUUAAAUAUUAGCAAAGAAAUAGAGUUAUUUGAAAAGAGAAGCAUUCUGUCAGCCCAUACCAGAAUUAUAGCAAGUCCUGUCCGGAAACAUAUGAUGUUUGAUCUAGAUCAAUACUGGGGUUACUCUGAAGAUAGACACAAAACGGUGGAGUAACUCAGCGGGUCAGGCAGCAUCUCUGGAGAGAAGGAAUGGGUGACGUUUCGGGUCGAGACCCUUCUUCAGGCUGAGAGUCAGGGGAGAGGGUCUAUCUCUAUCCCUUUCCGCCCUCUAGGGUUAUCCAGCAGCUGCUUAGAUUCAGGGUUGUUUGAGUUUCCCGAGCUUUUGCCAAGGUUUGGGUCUCUGGGAUAGGACGCAAUGACUUAUAAGUGGCUGCAAGGUGCAGGAGACACCGACUGUGUGAAGAGAUUAAAGCAUUAUUUAUUUCACAACCAUUCAACCCCAGCCAGGCCACAGUACUGAUAAUCAGUAUUACUAGCUACUUAGUAAUACCUCGGGUUAGUUGUCAUUUGUUUUCUCUGGAGGGAAAGUGUAACUCUAAAAUUAGAACUAGUAUUAAAAUAGCGAGGUGGCACGUCGGUAGAGUCGCUGCCUCACAGCGCCAAAGACCCGAGUUCGAUCCUGACUGCGGGUGCUGCCUGCACAAAGUUUGCACGUUCUCCCUGUGACCGCGUGGGUUUUCUCCAGGUGCUCCGGUUUCCUCCCACACUCCAAAGGCAUGAAGGUUUGUCGGUUCACAAAAACAGCUGGAGUAACUCAGCGGGUUUCUCCAGCUUUUUUGUCUACCUUCGAUUUUCCAGCAUCUGCAGUUCCAAAGGUUUGUAGGUUAAUUGGCUUCGGUAAAAAUUGUAAAUUGUCCAUGAUUUAUAGGAUAGUACUAAGUGUACGGGUUGAUCGCUGGUCGGUGCGGACUUGGUGGGCCGCUGGGCGAGUUUACGCGCCGUAUCUCUAAACCAAACAAUGUUAUUCAUGAAUGUACUUGCACAAGUGGUUGUGGAAAUCAGGCACUACACAAGGGGGUGGACAAUGGAUCAAUUAACAUUUUCAACAUGAUUGUGAAAAUAAGGAUUGAGAUUAACAUGGCAGUAAAGUUGAGGUGUAGGUCAAAGGUGAUUUAUCAGAAUAUUGAAAGAGGCAUUAAUAGUUUCCUCCAGUUAACUUGGUGUGCAACGUAUUAUGUGAUUACGUAUGUUAUUACUGGAGCAGAAUUGGGUUGAAUGAUUUACAAAGUUGAAAUGAUCAUGAAUUUCUAUUUCAUCAAAUGUUAUUGAAGUUUUGGAAAGAUUGGGCUGGCACUUUGAAUUUAAGUUAAGUCACGUUAAUAUAUAACUAGAUUUACAGAGGAGUUAUUAUCACGUGGGGCAUUAGCUGGAGAUUGUUAACCCAAUUAAAAUAUAGGUCCUCAUUGUCAAAUCCAGAUGAACAUGUCUAACUAAAGCCUUGACCUUCAAACAUUCCCUGCUUAAUGACCAAUUUAUAUGUUGAAUCUAUUUUAUUGUUAUGUAUUGAAAAAAUUAUAAACAUGUUGUUAUCUAGAUAUAAACCUAUAAUAUAAAACAUCACGAUGUGUUGCACUGCAGAGUAAAUGUAUAUUGAGUCAAAUGUAAUAUUUAUGUAUCUACAGAAUUGCACGUUUCAUUCAUCAGUGCCAAAGAUUGUUGUUCUGUACGUAGACUUUACAGCUCAGAAGAUGCAUCCGAUAUUUAUAAUAGAGUUUUUAACCAUUUUUAAAAAACAACCAUCUUCCGUGUGGACUCCCUUAUAUUGCCAAGUGUAAACUUCACUGGAUAUAGAUCAAGUAGCCCUUGCAUCCCCUCUCUCUCCGUCCCUCUCACUCCAGUCAGCGUACUAGUUUCACUGCCAUCUGCUGUUCACUGUUUGUAUUACUCAUUAUCACCCCCCUCCCCACAGCCAACAAUGGACCAUUGUGGACUCCACCUUUCCUUGAUCAUCGUUGCUGGCUUUGAUCUGCCUUUUUUUUCCAUAUAUUUUAUUAAUUUGUUCGAUGUCUCUCUUUUUUCAUAUCUCUCAGUUCCUUCUUCCCUGACUCUCAGCCCAAAGAAGGGUCUCGACCCGAAAUGUUUUGUUUUUGAGAAAACGUAUUUGUUGUCUCCAGAGCCGCUGAGUUCUUCCAGCUUUUUGUGUCUGUCUUCCUUAGAUUCAAUCCCUUGUUCACAAUGAGCCAUCUGCACAUUUGCAAAGAUUCUCAGGGGUGUGAGUGGGAGUGGGAGUGGGAGUGGGAGAGGGUGCCCCAAACACAAAGAGCAUGUGUGGAUGUGAAUGAGUGGCCAGUUCAAACUCGUCUCUGAAGACGGGCAUAGUCUAUAAUUUGGUUCAUUUUUUCACAUUUCCACGCAUUGCGUCCUUUACUUAAGAACCUUCAGCCCUGUUGUAUAUCCACACAGUUCAAUUAAAUUAUUUAAAAAUAAUGUGUCAAUUUAAUUUAGUAGUCAGUCUGAAGAAGGCUCCCGACCCGAAACAUCGCCUAUCCAUGUUCUGCAGAGAGACUUUCUGACCCGCUGAGUUUCUCCAGCAUUUUGUCCUUCCUGGGUCAGCCAGCAUCUGCAGUUCCUUGUUUCUACUCUAAUUUAAUGUCAAGCAGUGUUAUUCUACCUCAAGGACAUUGCUGGAAAUGGGACUUACAGUAUUUGAACAGCAAAGCCAUUGAGAUUGUUAAUGGGAAGAAUGGAUUUCGAAGAGGAUAAACGUAUCGAAAAGAUUAGCCCCAAAAAAAAUCCAGUAGUCAUAGAUUAUGUCAUAAUGGCUUGGUUCAAUUGUUCAAGUCAAAGAAUUAGGGAGUGUCGUUCCAUGAUCUUGGUUGAUUAGGACUUUUUAAAAUGUAUAUUGAGGAGCUAAUUGUACUCACAGCACGAAUAUCACAUCUUUGAGGGAAGUGAGGGGGAGUGAUCUGUACAUUAGUAUGAAGCUGGUUAAAAUCUAUAAGGUCAGAAUUAUAAAAUGCAUUUUGCUGAUCCAAAGUAUAACAUGCCUAGUGAUCAGUGUCCAUUUUUGAAUAAUGUUGGUUGGAAACCCUCCAUGUAAAGUUCAGGGACUCGCUGCUCAUUUUGUUGAAGUGAGCACACACUUUGUAACCAAGUUUUCAAUCCAGCAUUUCUAAUAAAAUAUUUUUUUCAUGA